AAAGCAAUUAAAAAUAUGUUUACAAUCCAUUGAAUCCAGUUACAAUACAUUACAAUGCAAUAAUAUUUCCAAUAAUGCAACCAAUUUAUAUGGCGGGUAAUAAUACCGACAUUGAUUCUGGCGCGUAUUUAUAUAUUGCCGUCGACGUUGGCACAAGCAGUGUUCGGACUGCGGUAGUUGAUAGAGAAGGACGCAUUAUUGAAUAUUCCUCAGAAGAUAUUAGCAUUUGGCAACCCUCGCCUGAGUUGUACGAACAAUCAUCUGAAAAUAUUUGGAAAUGUUUAUGUUCUGCAGUAAGGAAAGCAUGCAGCAAGGUUAAUAAAGGCAACAUUCGUGGUAUCGGAUUUGAUGCAACAUGUUCAUUAGUGGCUCUUGACAAACAUGGCAAUCCUGUGUCAAUUACACCCAACAAGGCAACCAAUAGAAAUAUUAUUUUAUGGCUUGAUCACCGAGCUGUGAAAGAAGCUGAGAUUAUCAAUACCACAGGACAUGAUGUACUUAAAUUUGUUGGAGGCAAAAUUUCUCCAGAGAUGCAAGCACCAAAAAUUUUAUGGUGUAAGAAAAACUUAGAAGAAGAAAGAUGGAAGGAUAUUUCUGUCUUCUUUGACCUACCAGAAUUUUUGUCUUUCAAAGCUACUGGUUCCUAUACUAGAUCUUUAUGCUCUUUGGUCUGCAAGUUUAACUACAUGGGGCAUUCUUCACAACAGAUCAAUGGUAAUUCAGGUUGGAUCCCUUCAUUUUGGAGUGGUAUAGGCCUAUCGGAAUUUGUUGAAGAUGAUUUUAAAAUAUUAGGUGGCAAUUCUGUCUCUAUGCCAGGUAAACCCCUUGCUCAUGGACUAUCAGUACAAGCUUCUCAAGAUCUCGAUCUACCAACUGGGUUACCUGUGGCUACUUCGUUAAUCGAUGCUCACGCUGGUGGACUGGGGGUAAUUGGUGCAGCUGUCAAGGAUGAACUGUCAUGCGAAUCACUCACGUCAAGAUUAGCAAUUAUUUCUGGAACUUCUAGUUGUCAUAUGGCAAUAGACGAGCGACCUUUGUUUGUAGACGGAGUAUGGGGACCAUAUUAUUCAGCUAUGGUGCCAGAUUUAUGGUUAAACGAAGGUGGUCAAAGUGCAACUGGGAAAGUGAUCGAUCAUAUUCUUGAAACACAUCCUGCGUGGACCGAACUUGUAGAAAAAGCAAAACAAAGCGCGUGUACGAUGUACGAAAAGUUAUAUAGUAUUCUGGAAGAAUCUGCGCAGGACCAGGAACAUUAUGCUUUGUUAACUAAUGACUAUCACGUCUAUCCUGACUUUCAUGGUAACAGAUCACCAAUUGCAGAUCCGACAUUGAAAGGAAUGGUGACAGGGCUAACUUUAACAAAUGAUCUCAAAAGUUUAGCAGUUUUAUACUUGGCUACAAUACAAGCUUUGUCUUGUGGAACGAGGCAAAUUAUAGAACGUUUAAAUUCAUGUGGGCAUAAUAUCAAAGCAAUAUUUAUUUGUGGUGGACUUUCCAAGAAUUCUUUGUUUGUUCAAUGUCAUGCUGACGUCACAGGUCUUCCACUCGUUUUACCACGUGAAACAGAUUCGGUGUUGGUGGGUUCUGCGAUUUUGGCAGCGUAUGCUGCUGGUGAUUUUAAAACAAUGAAGGAUGCAAUGGCCUGCAUGAGCUCGGCUGGUAAUGUUCUUCAUCCGAAUUCUAGUACAAAAAGGUUUUAUGAGAAAAAAUAUCAAGUAUUCCAAAAGAUGUAUCAAGAUCAACUCGACUACCGUAGGAUCAUGUGUUGAACACUGGCAAUGGCUGGCGUGGAGACAUACUUUGAUUUUGAUGCGGAGACAUUUCAAAUAACUGAAAAGAAGAGGCUUAGCAGUUCCUCAGGUACUUCAGGAGACGUUUUAACUC